UUCGCAGACACCAUGUUCGGGUUCCGCCCGCACCGGUCCGCGCAAGAUGUUCUGCUUCAACUAGACCGCGAAAUUCUAAAUCCCGUCGAAUACCCCCUCAAUGACAAGGCAGUACUCGCCCUCGAUUUGAAGGGGGCUUUCGACAAUGUCACACACGACAUAAUUCUGACACACCUCUCCCAAACCAACUGUGGACACAACACGUUUCAGUACGUUAAACAAUUUCUCUCCGACCGGCAAUCGUACAUCCGUAUACAAGAUGAAGAACACGGCCCCUACCAAUUAGGCACCAGAGGUACCCCGCAGGGCGCGGUCCUCUCACCCCUACUAUUCAAUUUGGCAAUGCUGAAACUCCCGGCUCAGCUGGAGAAUGUAGAAGGCAUACAGCACGCGCUGUAUGCCGACGACAUCACCAUCUGGGCUAAACAUGGAUCGGUAGGAGACAUUGAAGCCAACCUGCAGCAAGCGGCGGAGAUCGUGGAUGCCUACGCCCGCCGCUGCGGCCUUCAAUGCUCCCCGGCCAAAUCGCAAUUUGUGCACAUUCGCCCCUCGCCGAAGUGCACUACCAAAAUCGAACUGUCCCUACCAAAUGGACCCAUCACAGAAUACGAUCAGAUCAGAGUACUGGGUCUCUUUAUUCAUAAACACCGCCGAGUCGACACAACACUGGCCAAACUGCGCAAGGUGGGGGACCAGGUGGGCCGCAUGGUUCGCCGGGUUUCCAAUAAACGCGGGGGGUUACGGUGCAAAGACGCUUUGCGGCUGGCGCAUGCAUUCGUAACCAGUCGAGUGUUGUACUCGACUCCUUACCUCCACCUUCGCAGGUUUGACGAGAACGCCCUCGAGGUGAUUCUCCGUAAAAUUUACAAGCGUGCUCUCGACCUCCCGAUCAACACAUCCAACCAGCGCCUCCUCGGCCUGGGAAUGGUCAACACCUUCGCGGAACUCCGAGAAGCACACUUGACAAACCACUACACAAGACUCUCAAAGACGUCGUCGGGUCGCCGCCUUCUUGCCCGACUACACAUCCACCAUCCAACACUGACGGAAGAGCGCGUGCGCAUCCCGGAAAUCUGGAGAUACGCCCUGCACGUGCGCCCUCUUCCGGCCAACAUGACACGAGACGACCAUAGUGGCCGGCGCCUCGCGCGCGCGGAAGCGUUGGCACGUCACUAUGGGAACAAGCACGGAGUAUUCUACGUAGACGCCUCCGGCCCACACCAUGGGGGUUGGUUUACGGCCGCAGUCGUCCACGAAAACACCGUGGUGAACGGGCUUACGUUCAAAGCACAAGACAUAACACAUGCGGAAGAGGUGGCCAUCGCGCUCGCCGCCGCAGAUCAGGACUCGCGGGUCAUUAUUAGCGACUCACGAGGGGCCUGCAGGAACAUUGAAAGGGGCUUUAUUCCCUAUUUGGCGUACCGCUUACUUCAAGGCAGCAAUUAUCUCGGGGUCCCCGCGCCCCGCACGAUAGUAUGGACUCCCGCGCACGAGGGUCUCGAGGGCAACGAAGCGGCCGACGCCGCUGCCCGCGCGCUCACUCUCCGGGCAUCGCCUUCGCCUCCCGUCGCUGCGGACUCCGACCUCAAUCCGGUAUUUACCUUCAAGGAAAUCAACCAACACUACCAAUACGGCCAUGCAAUCUUUCCUAAGCCCUGUAAGGGCCUCACGAAGGCGGAGGAGCGUUUACUCCUUCGCCUCUAUACUAAAACACUGUUGUGCCCGGCAAUCCAAAAACAUUUCGACCCUGCGUGCUCAGGGAAGUGCCCGCACUGUGAGGAAAAAUCUUCGGACAUUUUCCACAUGGUGUGGGCAUGCCAAUCAACCCCUCACCUUCCCCCUAUACCCAACCCUACCCGGGAGGACUGGGAGGCGGCCCUGCUCGGCUGCUCCGACCUGGCGAGCCAGAAGGCCCUGGUCGGCCGUGCCCAAGCCGCGGCUACAGCCAAUGGGUUCCUGUAAUGAGGUGCCCACCUAGUCUGUAUAAGGAACGGCCCCUUAAGGACUGCUCCACACGCUCCCUGUAAAUACUUCAAACAAUAAAG